AUGGAUUUUUCAUCUUCAUCAUCGGAUUCUAAAGAAGACGCGGUUAUCGUGGAGUCUGUCAAGUUAACGAUCGAGUUUAUGAAUGAAGUGACCCAAGGUUUAACUCCGCAACCUUUAACAAGACGGCCUCAUCUAGACCGGGAUCAUGAGGCGGCUCAUGAAUUAUUGAUACGUGACUACUUUUCCGAAAAUCCGGUUUAUAAUGAAAAUCUUUUUAGGCGACGUUUUCGUAUGAGUCGGCGACUUUUUUUACGAGUAGUUGAAGAUUUGCAAAACUCGUUUGAAUUUUUCCAACAAAGACGUGAUGCUAGAGAAGUACUCGGUUUUUCGGGAAUACACAAAUUUUUCCAACAAAGACAUGGUAGCAUCGAUUGCACGCAUUGGGCAUCGGGAAAUUGUCCAACGGCUUGGCGAGGUCAGCAUGAGCGAGGCGAUCACCCUGACCCAAGCAUUAUGCUUGAAGUCGUGGAUCAUAGCCGUAUAGCGGAUCUCAAGGCGGAUACAGCCAUACGGAUACAACCAAUAGCCAUAGAUAAGAUUACUUAUCUGAAUGCAAAUAUUCACAAUCAUGGUGAUAACUAG